AAAACAUGAUUCCACGUCGUCAGACGACCACCGCUAUCCGUGCCUACUUCUCCCUGGACGUGCUCCUGAACACCGAGCACUACAGGCUUAGUGAGGACAAGGCGGCAUGGACGCAGCGUCAAGAACACUCCCAACGCCAAAUGUGACCCGGAUAACAACCCUCAGCCAAGCGCAUGCGACACUACACCAUUGCUGCACCGUACUGUGGUGGCAAAGUCAUCUGCCAGCAACAGUUCAUUUCCCCAAUGAAGCACGAAGACUAGGCGCGGAAGAGAAGAAGAAUCUCCGCAUUUGGCUCGAGAACUGGGAGGCUGCUUUCACGGAGUUUCUCUCUGCGCAAAUGUCGACGAUGGGUGCCGACGACCUCACACAGUGCCGUGUUCUGAAGGCCAAUCACCUCACCUGCUGCAUCUUGGCUUCGGACGGCGGCCCUGAACCGAGUGACUUCGACGUCUUCGAAGCUGAGUUUCAGGCCAUUGUCGAGCUGGCACAGGCUGUACUACAAGCGCGUACCGCAGCUCCGUCUCCGCCGUCUGGGACCACGACAACACCACUCGACCUACUUCCAGUGUCUUCUGGUCUGGGCAUCCAGGCUCCGCUUUACGUCGUCGUGACGCGCUGCACUAAGCGAGACAUCUGGGAUCGGGCCAAUCGUCUGUCUCUCCAGGCUCGCGGACUAUGACAGUAGCGAGAUGCGCUUUUACGUCCGCAUAACCGCGUCAGUCCUUGGGGCGGCAACGUAUCUCAGCGCGCUUAGACUCUUGCAUGUCGCUCACCUAAUGACACCGAAGCCCGUGGUCUCCGGCGUCAGAUUCAAGAGUUCCUGCUUAUGCCGAGCCUCUGUCCAGAGCUUUUCGAAGCUAAUGUCGCAGAAGUUGUCGUGGAACGCUAGCUGGAUCAAGUGCUGACGCAUUUCCUACCACAGGCUAACGUC